AUUGAGAGCUUGAGUGUUUAUAAAGAGAUAAGACAUUCGUCUAAACAAUCGAAUAAAACGAAAAUUAUGUUCAUCGCGUUUUUAUAUUAAUUUUAGUGUUCUUUAGAUAAUGAAGUAUUGUUAAAGUAUCAUAUGCAAUCAAAAUUUGAAUGCGCGAUAAUACUAGAAUAACGAUUUUGUGUCAAUAGUAACAGUUUUGUCAUAAUGGAUCCCAAUACAAAAUUUUAUCCGCUGAUAAGUUCAAUUCAAAAAGUUGCGCUAUUCGAAACCAAAUCCAAAUUAUACCUUAUCGGAAGCAACAGUAAGGAAACUCGUUUCCGUCUCUUGGAAAUCGAUCGCAAAUCGCCAGAUUUAUCAAUUCACGAGAAUGCCAGCGAGCUUAAAAAAGAGGACAUUCGGAGGUUCGUUCAGACACGCUCAUUCACCCGAUCGAUCAGUGCUUACGGCGUUUUGGGGUUUGUCAAGUUUCUUGAGGGUUACUAUCUAAUUCUUGUCACCAAGCGGACACGAUGUGCGUUCAUUGGGAAGCACAUAAUUUACACCAUUAAGGAUACGGCCAUGAUUAGGGUAAACGAGCCACCGGCUGGAAAGCAAGUGCAUCCAUUGGAGCAGCGUUACGUGAAAAUGUUUUGCAAUGUUGAUUUGAAGAGUAACUUUUACUUCAGCUAUAGCUAUGACUUGACACGAAGUUUGCAGUACAACCAUUCGCCGCCGAAAUUUGUCGGUGUUCAAUGUGACAUUGAGCGUGAUGAACCACUUGUGUGGAAAAAUGUUACUGGGGAGAAAACAACAUAUGCCUUCCGGGGUGUAUCUCGCGAUAGAUUUGUUUGGAAUGCUUACCUGUUGAAACCGAUGGAGUGUAUUUUGCACAAAGAUUGGAAACUGGAAGUAAUACAUGGAUUUAUUAGCGAAUCAAGCAUUAGUAUUUUUGGUAGACCGAUAUAUGUGUGUUUAAUCGCGAGAAGGAGUACACGAUUCGCAGGCACGAGAUUUCUGAAACGUGGUGCAAAUUAUUUUGGCGACGUUGCCAAUGAAGUUGAGACAGAGCAGAUCGUCCUCGACGGUACACGAAUGUGCAGUUUCUCGCAGCUGCGAGGAUCGGUCCCAUCCCACUGGUCUCAGGAUGUUAGCAAAAUGGUGCCCAAGCCACAGAUUGCCCUGGACCUGUCGGAUCCGUACGGGGAAACGUCGGGUAAGCACUAUGAACGACUAAUGUUCCAUUAUGGUGCACCGGUUAUCAUUCUUAAUUUGGUCAAAAAACGUGAAAAGAGACGCCAUGAGAGCGUACUAAGCGACGAAAUGGUUUCCAGUGUGGAUUAUUUGAACCAAUUCCUACCGCCUCAAUUUCGCAUAAAGUAUAUUGACUUCGAUAUGGCUAGGAAAAGCCGUGGCAAGGGCAAUGUCAUGGAAAGUUUGGCCAAGUACGCUGAAGGUGUCAUUCAGCAGACUGGUAUGUUUUUCCUGGACGAAGUAUUUGUCACGCAGCAAACCGGAAUAGUGCGGGUAAAUUGUGUGGAUUGUUUAGAUCGCACAAACACUGCCCAGUUUGCUAUUGGAAAAUGUGCCCUUGCGUACCAGCUGUACGAGAUGGGUUUUUUGAAGGAACGGAAACUGGAAUUUGAAUCCGAGUGCGUUACCAUGUUGGAAAAUUUAUAUGAAGAUCACGGGGAUACGUUAGCGUUACAGUAUGGUGGAUCUCAGUUAGUGCAUCGUAUAAAAACCUACCGUAAAACUGCAGCUUGGGCAUCGCAAGGCAACGACAUUAUUCAAACACUGAGUCGAUAUUGUAGUAAUACUUUCAGUGAUACAGAAAAACAACACAGCAUCAAUCUAUUUCUUGGGUACUACAUUCCAUCCGAGUCGGAAGUUUCCAAGUCAACACACAUUUGGGAUCUGGAAACCGAUUUUUACAUUCACAAUUCGCGCGUAGAUGUCAUUCGUCAAAUAUCACCUAUACCGCUAACUCAAUGGGUUAGACUUUUCACUAUGAAGCAUUUGCCGUACUCAACCAGCGAUAAUAAUCGUGUUGUAAACGAAUUAAUCAAAAUUCACAGUGCAGACGUGGAAAUUAUUGAUUAUUACUCAAAUUUUUACUACAACUUCAAGCUAACGUCAUUUGAAGAAAAUAUCGCAUACCAGCUAAGUCACUUGGCGCGCAAUUUUGUCCACAGUUUUCGCACAAACUUCAGUCCGUUUGAACCGAUUCGUCGGCGGGACAGCAUGGUCACCAAGAAUCCCUCGCUGAGUGGACAGUCUUCGACCAGCUCUACCAAUAGUUCAUCGUCUAGUUUGGAUGAAGAUUCGGAUUCGGAGGAUGACGACAAAAGCAUUCGAAACACUGCUGCCAACAGUAGUGCUAACAGCAGCAGAGCUGAGGAUCCUGUGACUAUUAACAGUAUGUUUCCGAUGACGGGUGAUGUGUACGGAUUUGAGAUCAAAGCACCGAUAAAAGCAGACAUGAUUAAGUAUCAAAAGUACGUACAGAUGAACCGAAUAUGUAAUCCCCAAAUGUAUGCCAGUAUGAAGUCUGAUCAACAACAGCGACAGAAUCAGCCUAGCGCAUCCUCUUCGGAUGCGAUUGUAUUGCAAAAUAAUGAAAUAAUUUUGCGCGUGGAAGAGAAAGCAUUGGACCUACAGGGCGAUAUCGAGAUACCGACUGUUAGUGCAGAGAGUUUAGCAAUAUACGAGAAAUACUGUCAGCUGCAACAUCAAAUACUCCAUCAGAAUGAGGUUGAUCCUGUUAUCCUAAAAUAUUGUGAAAUCUUAACUAACUAAGAAGUAUUAAACUGGGUUAUAUAUUACUGUCA